AUGUCUUCAGAGCAUGGCGUGAGUGCAGAUUUACCGGGGCCAGUUUCGCACAUGAACGAUGAGAAACUACAUAAUGUGCGACCAGAAACCGCGGAAACAGAGUCUGGCCGACUGGAUGUGCGCGAGGAAGUUCCCAACCCCAUCAAGAAGGAAGAGCCGUUGCUGUCAGAGUCUGAAACCGACAUUGACGAGUCGAUUCCGUUGCCAUCCAACAGAACUAGAAGGCUCCACUGUCUCAUGAGGAGGAGCUCGGAUGAAAAUGACUCUGACGACGAGCCUGGCUCCAAAAAACAGGUGCAGAAACGGUCUGCUUCGCAGAGCUCGCGAUCUUCAGAGCGCAAGGUGAGUGGCAGAAGCGGGAAGGACGCCUCAGGAAGGUCACUUUUGCAACGACACUGUGCAAAGGGCCACUAUGAUGAGGCCAAACAACUCAUUGAGAACGGAGCAGACGUGAACGAAGCUGAUUUCGCGGGCAACACGCCGCUCCACGAGGCCGCUCUGGAAGGAUAUUUGGAUGUUGUGGAGCUGCUAUUGGAUAACGGGGCCGACAUAAAUGCGCAGUCGGCCCAUAUCGACAAGGACACCCCCUUGAUUGAUGCGGCUUCAAAUUUACACUACGACGUGGUCCGUACGCUGCUGGAUCGCGGAGCCAAUCCGUGUCUGGUGAAUUCGCAGGGCGACUCCGCAUUGGACUCUGUUGAAAGAGAUCGCGAUUUGAAUGAUUUGGAGGAGGAAGAGCUCGACAAAGUCAAGAAGCUCAAAAAGCUACUUGCUCAGGCCACUCGAGAAUACAAAAAGAAACACGCCAGGAGCCAAAGCUCGGGGCCAGGAACAGAUUCGGAAAAGGAGGAGGUUUCUAAACGGUCGAGCGCAGUGUUUUUCGAUCCCUUCUCGAAGGAGGGCAGAUCUGAAAUCUACCACAAGGUUUCAGAAAACGACGUCACUUUUGUGCUGAAUUAUGUUUCAAACCUCGCAGGAAGCAGGAUAUCUCCGGACUUGCUGUGUCUGGCUGCAAAGCAUGGCCAUACUGAUAUUGCCAGUUUGCUCAUUGCAUUUGGAGCCAAGGUGAACUACGUUGACAAGAAUGGAAUGACACCUCUGAUGCAUGCUGUUGGAAAGGACCAUAUUGACAUGGUCAAGCUGCUUUUGGAGAAUAAGGCAGAUGUGUCGUUGAUGGAUAAACAUGGUCGUACGGCGAUUGACAUACUGCAAGAAAGCUACGUUCCUGACGACGAAGAGAUGAGGAUUCUGAAGGAGGCCAGCCAAAAGAGUACCAAAAAACGAAAAGAACGUGCUGAGACACCGGAGAAUGAUCGAAAAAAGAGCGACGUGAAGAAAAUAAAGCACAGGCCAUCCACAGACAGCGACACAUCAGUGCGUUCUGCCCCUCAAACGCCGGCUGCUACGCGUGUUCCAACGCCUGUGAAACAGGAGCCCAAACCAGAACCGAAGAUACAGCCUAAACGAGAGGAAAAACCUCUUCCUCCUACUCCUGAGGAACUGGAGGAGAGAAGAAAGCAGGAAGAGGAGGCACGUAAAGCACGCGAGGCACUAGAGUUACAGCGGCUAGAGAGAAAGAAGGCGCGCCAGCAGCAGAUUGCGCGAACAAUUGCAGAACAGGAAAGAAAGAGAAACGAAGAGCUACGUGCUGCAGCCAUGGAGGAAGAGCGGCGAAAACAGCAGGAGGAGCAGGAACGCGCUCGGAGAUUGCAGGAGGAAGAGCAGCGUGCUCAGCAGGAAGCUGAGAAACAAAACAUGGAACGCAAGCAGUAUAUUCGCAGCUACUAUCCAUAUGGAUUGAAGAUUGCAAGAUUUGAUGGACAUCGCACAGAGACAGAAAUAUCGCAAUAUCUUCCAUUGUACGUGUUCGAAGUGGAUGGUGAGAGCUAUUUGGUCGAUUUGCAGGCGAUCUUGAUCCUUGGGACAGAGAAGUUUUAUGAUGAGAAUAGCGAUAUAGAGAGGAAACCGCUCACCAAGGCAGAGAAAGCACGUGUGUGGAAUAUGCUGUGGCCGAUGAUUGGCGUGUUUCUGAAAGGCGACAGUGUUCAGCUUCAAGAGCUCAGAAAGAUGUAUGAGACUGAGGAGAAAAACUUUGAAGAGCUAGUUCUCAACUGGAUCAAACUGAGCGACUUUGACAAAAUCCUAGAGAACUCAAGGUACGCUGUUGUUAAACAAGUUUACGAGAGAUUUGCACUCUGCAAAGUGGCGCCCGUGGAGCACAAAGAUCAGGCUGUCACUUUACCCAAAACCGAGGCAAGCAAACCAACGGCCGAGCGUGCAGUGCCUCUUCGUCUCGGGCCUAAAGCCAAAGCAGUCCUACAAACGUUCGACAGGAAAUUGUGGUAA